CAUUGCAGUUACCAAUCAUCCGAGAACGUCGUCGCUUUACUGAUAUAAUGGACGAAGAGAUAGACGACGAGCGGGUUCGUAGUCGGAUAAAUAUGUACAGUUCCAACGAUUCGUUCAGUAUUCGCAGACUUCGUACGGAAUUAGGUCCCCGACUAGACGAAUACACUGAAGCAGAAGCUCUCAUUGAAAGUCAAAGAGAAGGAUGCCUUCCGUUUUUUAGAGAGAAGCCACAAACGCUUGCACUCAUUGAAUACCAGCCUGCACACAUUCAUUGCUUUGCUGUUGGUGAUCCAAAGCCAUGUAUUCAAUGGUUUAAAAACGACAUGGUUCUCAAUGAAUCCAACAGAAUAAAAAUAGUCGCUGACGAGGAUGGGAGAUCUAUUUUACGCUUCGAUCCUGCUGUUCAUACUGAUAUAGGAAUAUAUAAGGCAGUUGCUAGAAACUCACUUGGACAAACGGUUUCAAGAUGCCGCUUAGUUGUAGCUACGUUGCCCGAUGCGCCCGAUUCUCCAGAAGUAUCUGCUGUAAGUGGAACAGAGAUCCUUCUCAGAUGGAAACAACCAAAAGAUGAUGGGCAUUCAGCAGUUUUAUGCUACUGUUUGCAAUAUAAAGAAUUUAGCUCAGACAUUUGGACAACCAUUGCAGAUAAUAUUGAUCACGAGUUUUAUCUUGUGCAUGACCUACAGCCCCACACCAAAUACCACUUUAGAUUAUCAUCUAGAAAUUGUAUCGGUUGGAGUGAAAUGGGCAUCCCGUUGACAGCUGAAACAACAUCCUUAGAUUCACCCAAAAUACAUAUAUCAAAGGCAAUGGAACAUUUGCAGAAGCUAACAGAAAGUGGUCAAGAAAUCGUACCAGAAGAGGAGCGUGUCCAUACAGAUUACCACUGUGAAUGCGAACCACCGAAUUGGAUCACUGAUUCUAGCGUAAACGAAAAGUAUAGUUUUAUUUCAGAAAUACAUAGAGGACAAUUCAGCACAAUAGUAAAAGGCGUUCAAAAAUCCACCAAUGCAAUAAUCGUUGCAAAAAUUUUUGAUUUGAAUGAGGAAACUGAAGCUUCAGUAAUAGAAGAAUUUGAGAAUUUCAGAACAUUAAGGCAUGAGCGAAUUGUAGCACUAUUCGCAGCAUAUAAGCCAAUCAACGUACCAUUAGCAAUAUUUGUGAUGGAAAAACUACAGGGUGCAGACGUGUUAACCUACUUUAGUAGUCGUCACCAGUAUACGGAACAUAUGGUGGCUACAGUAAUAACUCAACUUUUGGACGCCCUUCAAUAUCUACAUUGGAGAAGUUACUGUCACCUAAAUAUUCAACCUGACAAUAUUGUUAUGGCUUCUGUGCGUUCAGUACAAAUUAAGCUAGUUGACUUUGGAUCAGCCAAGCGAGUUAGUAAAUUAGGAGCAAAAGUUGCUGCAAGUUGCAUGCUUGACUUCCAAUCCCCAGAGAUGGUUAAUGAAGAACCGAUAUUUCCACAAAGCGAUAUCUGGUCUGUUGGAGUGUUGACGUACCUUUUGCUUUCUGGAAAGAGUCCAUUCCGAGGCAUUGAUGAAUACGAUACAAAGCAGAAUAUAUCGUUUGCGCGGUACAGAUUUGAGAAUCUUUAUAGUGAAGUCACUCCUGAGGCAACCCGUUUCAUCAUGUUUUUAUUUAAACGCCAUCCAAC